UGAAAAAUUACAACCCAAAAUCUCUCUCCCUCUCUCUCUCUCUCUCUCUCUCUCUCUCUCUUUUAACAACUAAAAUUUUCUUGCUCCUUUUCCCAAGAAAAUUGCAAAUGUUUAGCUCCAAAACAACUCUUGUUUUGAUAAUCUUUUGCUUUGUUUUAGUACAAGAGCUGGAGAUGCAUAUGGUUGAAGCUGAAAAAAUAGACUGCAAAUCAAAAUGCAAUUACAGAUGCAGCAAAGCUUCGAGGCAUAAAAUGUGCAUAAGGGCUUGCAACACUUGCUGUAAAAGAUGCAAUUGUGUGCCUCCUGGAACUUCUGGAAACACUAAUGUCUGCCCUUGCUAUGCCACCAUGACCACUCAUGGUGGCAGGCUCAAGUGCCCUUAGUUAAAUUCUGAAAAAAUUAUGAAGGGGACAUGAUCUUUUAAUUUAAAUCUCCGUUCGUUCAUCUUGAUCUAGUAAUUGACUUUUAAGUUGAAACUCAUGAUCAGUUUUCUGUAUCUUUGAAUCGAACUUUUAAGUAUAAAGUUUAAGUGAAAAGAUCCCAACCCGAUUAGAUUUGUAUAAAAAAAUUUAGUAGAAAAAUAAGGUUUGGAGAGCUUGAUAAUUUAUGUAUGUCCUCUUCUUCACAAA